UAUUUUAUUUUAUUUUUAUAUAUAUUUGUAUUGCUUUGUUGUCAUGCGAUUGUCACCGGAAGGAAAGGGCAACGGUGGAUCGGGUUCGCGGGUUCGGAAGAAACAAAAGAAGUUAGAUGCAAUAUGCGAGGAAGAGUAUAAUAGAAACCAUGGUGAGUUAAAUGAGGGUGAUGGUUUGAACCCUGAACCAGGGGUUCGCCGAAGCUCGAGGGUUCGGCGUGCCCCGGUUUUACUUGAUGUGUCGCCUUCUCCCAAGAGGAAACGGCAGAAGUUAGGGGAGGAUGUAGUAGGGAAGAGUGUGGAAGGUGAUAAGAAUUUAGAGAGAGAAAUUGGGGGUUCUAGUGGUGGGAAUUGGAGUUUGAGGUCGAGAUCGAAGGGUAAGAAUGUAGGUUUUGAGGUGAAGGAGGAGAAGGAAUUGCCUCAUAGGAAAAGGAAACUUUUUAACGAGGAGUUAAAGGUUGAUAGGAUCGACGAAUUGGAGGUUGUGGAGGUUGAUAAGAAAGAAGAGUUGGAAACUGUUCUGUCAAAAAUGGUUAAGUCUAAGAAAAGAGUGGGGACGAUUGAAACAACAAAGCAUGAAAAACGGGAUAAUGAGAAUGAAUGUCAAGGGAGUUUGGAUGAGAGUAAGAGUCAAGAAGUGGAGAUUGUAUUGAACAAAGGUGAGGGGAGUGUUUCGGUUAGGGAGACGGAAUUGGCUGAUGAGAAUCCAAUAGAUUUGAGGGAUGAGAAUGCUGCUUCUAUGAUGGAGAGUGAGGAGAGAAUUGAAACUGAUAAUUUGCAAGUAGAGGAGUGUAGUGGUAGUGUUGAACCGUCUCAGGUGGAAUGUGUUGAAACUGUGGAUGAGCAGGGUGAUCAGUUAGAGAGUGAGAAGGAAGGAAAAAAUGCAGGUGAUGUAGCUGGAAUUGCUGGAGUUUCAACUGAACAUGUAGAUAAUGAAGGUUCUAUUGAUAAGGAGGUUGGCAUUGAUGACAAUGUCGCGAAGGAUGAGAAUAUUGGGAAGAUGGAUGAGUUGAAACAAUCGUCAAAUGUUGACAAGUCUGAGUACCGAUGUAUCAAAGAGGGAAGGCGGUGUGGUUUGUGUGGAAGAGGGAGUGAUGGUAAGCCUCCCAAAAGGCUAAUUCAGGAAAAUGGUGAUAGUGAGAACGAAGCUUAUAGCGGGUCAUCAGCUUCAGAGGAGCCCACUUAUGAUACCUGGGAUGGUUUUGAUGAUGAACCUGGCUGGCUUGGACGUCUCUUGGGUCCUAUUAAUGAUCGUUACGGUAUUGCUGGAAUAUGGGUGCAUCAGAAUUGUGCUGUAUGGAGUCCAGAGGUUUAUUUUGCUGGCUUGGGAUGCUUAAAAAAUGUGAGGGCUGCACUUUGUCGAGGAAGAGCAUUGAAGUGCACACGUUGUGGGAGGCGAGGGGCAACCAUUGGUUGUCGUGUUGAUCGGUGUCCUAGAACCUAUCACUUGCCUUGUGCAAGAGCAAAUGGUUGCAUCUUUGAUCAUCGCAAAUUUCUUAUAGCUUGUACAGAUCAUCGCCAUCUUUUCGAACCUUGUGGUAAUAAAUAUUUAGCCUGGAUAAAGAAGUUGAGGGCUAGGAAAAUGAUGUGGGAGACGAGGAAGCGUUCAAAUGAUGCUUCAAGAAAGGAUAUUGAUGCAGAAGAGAGAUGGUUGGAAAAUUGUGGGGAGGAUGAAGAAUUUCUGAAACGCGAGAACAAGAGGCUUCAGCGUGAUUUAUUGAGAAUAGCCCCGGUGUAUAUUGGUGGUGCAGACUCUGCCGGCGAAAAUUCAUUUCAGGGAUGGGAAUCAGUUGCUGGGCUUAAAGAUGUCAUCCGUUGUAUGAAAGAAGUUGUUAUUAUUCCUCUACUAUAUCCUGAUUUCUUCGAUAACUUGGGGCUUACGCCUCCAAGAGGUGUUCUCUUGCAUGGGUAUCCUGGAACAGGGAAAACCUUAGUGGUCCGAUCAUUGAUUGGUGCAUGUGCUCGUGGAGAUAGACGGAUUGCAUAUUUUGCCCGUAAAGGUGCAGAUUGCUUGGGGAAAUAUGUAGGUGAUGCCGAGCGCCAACUAAGACUAUUAUUUCAGGUUGCGGAGAAGUGUCAACCUUCGAUAAUAUUCUUUGAUGAGAUAGAUGGACUGGCACCCUGCCGUACUAGACAGCAAGAUCAGACUCAUAGUUCUGUUGUGUCGACAUUGCUUGCUCUUAUGGAUGGUUUAAAAUCUAGGGGUUCGGUUGUGGUCAUAGGUGCAACAAACCGUCCCGAAGCUGUUGACCCAGCGCUUAGGCGCCCUGGAAGAUUCGAUCGGGAAAUUUACUUUCCAUUGCCAUCAACUGAAGACAGAGCUUCCAUUCUCUCACUUCACACGCAGAAGUGGCCAAAACCAAUUAGUGGAUCGAUGCUUGGGUGGAUUGCAAGGAAAACUUCUGGCUAUGCUGGUGCUGAUCUCCAGGCUCUUUGUACGCAAGCGGCCAUGAAUGCGCUGAGGAGAAAUUUCCCUUUGCAAGAAGUGCUAUCAGUCGCUGAAAAAAGAUGUUCUGGUAGUGAUGGUAAGAACAUUCCUCUUCCAUCCUUUACUGUGGAGGAGAGGGAUUGGGUAGAGGCUUUUUUGUCUUCCCCGUUACCGUGUUCCCAGAGAGAAGCUGGAAAUGCUGCGAACAAUGUUGUAUGCUCCCCUCUUCCUGUUCAACUAAUUCCUUGUUUGUUGCGGCCGUUAUGCACUAUUCUUGUAUCUCUUUAUCUUGAUGAACGACUGCGAUUGCCACUUCCUAUAUCUAAAGCCAUGACAUCGAUUAAGAAUGUAAUGGUUUCUGCUCUAGACCAAAAGAAAAUGCCCAUUGAUCACUGGUGGUUGUACCUUGAUAAUUUUCUUCAAGAAACAAAUGUUGCUUAUGAGGUAAGGAAGUGUCUUAGUUGUUCUGGCAUUUUAUCUGCUGACCAUGGCUUUUCUGGUUCUUGUGAUACUGUGGAUCCUUCCGACAAUAAACCCUCCAUAUGUAAUGGUAGAUUACCAAACACGUCAUUUGGAUUGACCAACAAAUCAGGAUUUCGAAUAUUAAUUUACGGAAAUCCCCGAUCUGGGCAGAGACAUCUUGCAUCAUGCCUACUUUACUGCUUUAUUGGAAAUAUUGAAGUACUAAAGAUUGAUAUGGCAACUAUUUCACUAGAAGGACAUGGAGAUGUGGUUCAAGGGAUUGCACAAAUAUUAAUGAAAUGUGCUAGCAUGAAAUCGUGCGUAGUAUUCAUGCCAAGAAUUGAUUUGUGGGCUGUGGAAGAAGAUUUUCAAAUUGCUGAAAAGACUGAUUCCUGCUCAGUAAAUCAUCUAUCACCAAGCCAAAUUGUUGAGAAGGAAAAUGGGAUCAAUACUGGGAAAAACUCAAAAGAGAAGACAAAAUGCCAAGCCAACAAAAAGGCUUCAUAUGCCUGGAUGUCAUUUAUUGAGCAGGUGGAGUCCAUUGGUUUGUCCACAUCCUUGAUGAUUCUGGCUACUUCCGAAGUUCCCUGUACUGAACUUCCACACAAGGUAAGAGGAUUCUUCAAGAGUUAUCAAUCUAAGGAAAGCCAAUCAACUCCUUUAGUGCAAACUGUUCCUCAGUUCUCUCUGCAGAUUGAUGAGAAUUUUGAUCACGAAUUGGCAAUUGAUCUAUCUGCAAUAGAGCUUUUAAGAAAUUUAGUUGAACAGCGGGUGCAAUUGAUUCAUCAGAGAUCUCAUGCUCACAUCGGUGUCCAGAAGUGGGAGAGAGCCUAUGAAUCAGUUGAAGUUUGUAAAGAUAAGGUAACUCCCACAAAAGAAAAUGAACCAGCCAAUGAGAAGAAGGGUGAAGUCCAAUUUCCCGAAUCCUCGACAAAACUUCCACAACCCAACAGUAGGUCACUGAAGGGAAAAUCAAAUCUUUUGAUGGCAAUAUCCGCAUUUGGCUAUCAAAUUCUUCUAUACCCUCAUUUUGCUGAACUUUGUUGGGUCACGUCGAAACUCAAAGAAGGUCCUUGUGCUGAUGUAAGUGGGCCUUGGAGAGGCUGGCCUUUCAAUUCCUGUAUAAUUCGUCCUAACAAUUCACAAGAAAAGGUGGUAAUUUCUGGUAGCUCGGGUGGCACUAAAACAAAAGAAAGUGCUGGUUUAGUUAGAGGCUUGGUUGCUGUCGGUUUAUCAGCUUACAGAGGUGUUUAUAAAUCAGUUAGGGAGGUUUCCCUUGAGGUAAGGAAAGUUCUUGAGAUCUUAACCGAGACAAUUAAUAUGAAAAUUCAAGCUGGUAGAAACAGAUAUCAAUAUCUCCGUAUUUUAUCACAAGUGGCUUAUUUGGAAGAUAUGGUCAACAAUUGGGCUUAUGCAUUGCUGAGUCUAGAUCAGGAUUCUCCGGAGCUAGCGGCAAAGGUUUUACCAGAAACUGUUAGGUCUUUAAACAGUGAUGUCCCAUGUGAAGACCGCCACCAAGCUGAAGGUGAGGAUUGUCAUUUGGUUGUUCCUGCUGAUGGGGAGGAUGUGGAGACACUGGAGAGAAGUCCUAAGGUUGUUCCUACCGCAACAACCGAGGGCCUUUCGUUGAAUGACCUAAAUGUUAAUUUAGGUGAUACUGGUCGUGACGGCCGAGAAGCAAGUUUGGAAGGAUCUCCACCUAACCAUCCUUAUCCAGAUAAGCAUAUUAAUGACAACUCUCAGGAGAAUGGGGUAUUAUCUGGACUUUCUGAAUCAGUAGCUGCUGAAAAUCACGAAGCUGCAGGUGAAGAACUUGGAAUGCUGAAAGACUUGAAUAUAUCCACAUGCGCACGCUCUACUGUCCUUUCUGAAAAUGGAUUUCACACAACCUAUGAACAAGAGAAUGUUGAGAUUGGUAACAUUAAAUCAAGUGAUGUUGAAUCUGAUAAACACGAGAAUACUAUAGACAUCGAUGCCUCUUCAAGUAAGGACAAGGGUGCAGCCGAAUCCGGGGUUGUUUGCUUGUAUCAAUGUUGCCAUCAAUGUAUUUGCAGUCUGUAUCAUCUGACACGCAAAUUACUUGUUCGCGGGUGGGAGUCGAAUAUAUGCCAUUGGACAAUUGAAGAUGUCCAUGAUACUGUUUCUUCAUUAUCUGUGGAUCUUAUUUCAGCAGUUAGAAAUUAUUACAUGGCAGAAGAUUUCACCGAGUUAUCAAAUAAAACAUCAAGACAUGGAAAGGAUGGAACACCUCUCGAAUGUUUGAAUCCGAUAAAGUGUAAUACCAAAAAUCGAGGCAAGGAUGUUGUGCUGGCUGAAUGUGUUUCUCACUCGGCAACUCAAGAUGAAAGUGUAAGCGACGAUACGGUAACGAAUGAACCAGUGAAGCUUGAUUUGAAAUUUGUUUUCAGAGAUGGUGUCCUAGUUCCUAUGGACACAGUAAAGGAUGCCCCUCUUCACUGUAAAUUUGAGAAACUGUGUCUUUGUUCUCUCAUUGAGUUGAUAGUAAAGACUAAGGGCCCUUUAGAGUAAACUCUAUUGUUUUCAUGGCUAUGAAUGCUUAUAGCAAAAUUUUGGUGGCAGUUGUAUGUAAAUUUUUCUUAGAUCAAUAUAAAGUUUUGACCACAGGAAAUUCCCAUGCAGCUUCUUUGAGUGCUUUCAUCAGCAAAAUGUACAAGUCUUCAAUGCUACCAUGUCAACUGAAAUUCCCAAUUGUUUUUAUUUUUUAUUUUAUUUUAGGUCAAAGAAUUUCCCAAUUGCUUAAGUUGAUAUCUAUUCAAAGUAGAGUGUGCA